AUACCCUUCGUUCGCUCCAGCCUCCUACCCUACUCACCCACCAACUACCGCCACGCCUCCGUAGCAGCAAGAGAAAAAAAAAAUCGAGAAAAAGAGAAGUCGGAGAAUCCAAGAGAGAAUAAGCAAGCCCUCGAUCGAGAGAUGGAAGUGUCUCCGCCGCAAGAAGAGGAGUCGAAGUUGUCACCGGCGAUCGCGGCGGGAGGAGACCGCGAAGAGGUGUCUCCCGAGCCAAGAAGGUAGCAUCUGCUCCCGCUUCUUGUCCGUUCUCGCAGAUCGGUGAGUGUUGGUGUUUUAGAUCCCGGAGAAACGACCUGUUUCUUCCCGGCCCGUUUUUUUUCUUCAUGUCGGGGAUGCCGAUUGCUGGCGGAGAAGAGGUGGAGUUCGCGGCGUGCGAUUGCUGCGGGAUGACGGAGGAGUGCACGCCGGCGUAUAUUGCCGGAGUGCGUGAGCGGCACGGCGGCCGGUGGAUCUGCGGCCUCUGCGCGGAGGCCGUGCAGGACGAGAUCUGCCGCUUCCGGCUCCUGAUCUCUCCCGAGGAGGCCAUGGUCCGGCACGCCACAUUCUGCCGUAACCUCCGGUCGGCCAACGCGCCGGCGGCCGGCUCGGCGGAGCAACUGAUCGCCACCGUCAAGCAGCUCCUCCGGCGGAGCCUCGAAUCUCGGCGGACGGUGGGCAGCCCCCGGUCCGCAAGCGACGGUACGCCCCGGUCCAGUCUAGACCGGACAGGUAACGGCCUUCCUGCCUUGCUUGGCUAAGAAGGAUAAAGAGCAGAGAAUCAAUAUCUCAAAAAAAAGAGAAAAAAAAAAGGUGAGGCAGAAAAAACAAACACGGAUAUUAACGAUAAAAAGAAACAAUUAUUUACCAACUUGCAAUCUCAAGGAUUCAAAGAAUAUCUUUUAUGUCA